AGCUGUGCCCUUUUCAAGUGUCGGGCUUCAGUCGCGCGGAACGGAGGCGGUGAGGUAUGGAGACGCUGUCGCCGACGAGCGCGCUGAUAUGCCAUUCGCUCCACACGUCGAACCAGCCCCCUGUGGCCAUUGUCCAUGAGGCGCAUCUCAACCGCCGGCCCUCCAGCAAGGCCUCCACCGCUCCGACCGAGCCGCCCUCCAGCCACGGAAGCUGGACGCCGUACCAAGCCGCCGUCAGGACGGCGGACAUGGUCCUCAGGCCGCCGUCCAGUGCCAGCUCCGUGGUGUCCUGCCGACGGGACAGCUUGGAUGGCUAUUCGAUCUCACAGGACUUGAAGGCCGACGGCUUUGACGGAAACCUGCGGCUCCUCUCCGAAGAAGAGGUGGCGCAGAGGGCGUCCAGCGCGCUGUCCUACUUCAGGACCACCCGCGAGAUCAAUCGACAGGCCCGCAGCGCGGAAGAAAUGGAGUACGCGCUGCAGAAGGCCCGGCAGCGCCGCAAGUCUGAGGAGCUGCGUCCCAAGCAGCAAAUGCUGGCUCUAGAGGCCACAGUGGAGACGGAGAUGUCAGACAACGAGGAACACGAGGAGCAUACGAGUCCGAGGAUGACACUGGCAGAGCGCAUGGGCUACGGGGUCAAGGGAAAGGAAGUGUCCAAGUGGAAGAAGCGGGCCGUGAAGGAAAAACCCAAGAAAUCGGCGUUUGCCAGCAUACAAGCUGGAAGCAACGAUCUCUUGGCCCGACUGCGCCAGAAGCGGAUGACCAUUGAGUGAGAUGGCCAUAGGCCAUAGGCCGAAGGAAAACUCCCUGAAAUUGUGAAUUGGCGCGUGUGGGGCCGGCCAAUUGAAAAGACGGACAUGCAGGCAUCGUUUUAUCGGCUCUCCAUACCUGGCCUGGAGCCCCUGGCUGGAAUUCGGACGCCCCUCCAGAGCGGGGAUUUGUCUAGACGGCGUCUCUAGGAAUAGGAGCAGCGAAGCACCAGAUGGCAGGAUCAUAGAUCCAAGUAGGUCCAAGUAGGUCCAGGUAGGUCCAGGUAGGUCCAAGUAGGCGCCGGGGCCAGGCCGCCACAAGAUGUGGCUCUCGUCUCACCUCCGGCUGCCACCCAGCGCAGCUUCCCGGAGUUUCAUGGCCUGCGUGGCACAAGCUCCGCGCAGUGCUGGGACUGC